CUGUCAUUGAACGCAGCAGCUAACAACAGGAAGUAAGGAGGUGCGGUGUUUUUCAGUCGGUGUAGCAGCUAAAGCUAAAGCUAGCGACAACAGGGCUCAACCACGGCCACUGACGUGAAUUUAUGACACAUGAGUGAACCGACAUGAUUCCACCAACAACUUGAUUCUCCCAAUAUGUUGACUGGCGAGUUCUCAGCGUCACUGUCGGGUAGGAAACGACGCUGCGGACGAGACGCUAGCUAAAGCGACUGUAAGGUAACGACAACAGCUUGAAGCGACUGAGUAGCAUGCUGGACGUGGGGAAGUGGCCAGUGUUUGCACUCCUUCCUCCAGAGGAACUGCGGCUUAUCCGGCAGGCCUGUGUCUUUGGCAGUGCUGCAAAUGAAGCCCUCUAUGUCACUGUUAAUGAUGAGGUUUUUGCGCUGGGCACCAACUGCAGCGGCUGCUUAGGGCUCGGAGAUCUUCAAAGCACUAUUGAGCCCCGCAGGAUUGAUGUCUUGUGCGGAAAGAAAAUUGUGUCCCUGAGCUAUGGAACAGGACCACAUGUGGUUAUCGCUACUGCAGAUGGAGAGGUGUUUGCGUGGGGCCACAAUGGCUACAGCCAGCUUGGCAAUGGGACCACCAACCAUGGACUGACCCCUGCCCUUGUGUCCACCAACCUCCUGAGCAAGAGGGUAACAGAGGUGGCCUGUGGCUCCCACCACACUAUUGCCCGAACAACUGAUGGAGAGGUCUAUGCAUGGGGAUACAACAACUCGGGCCAAGUUGGUUCUGGGUCCACCGCCAACCAGCCGACACCACGGAGGGUCAGCAGCUGCCUGCAGAACAAAGUGGUGGUUAACGUAGCCUGUGGUCAGCUCUGCUCGAUGGCUGUUCUGGACAAUGGAGAAAUCUAUGGUUGGGGCUACAACUGCAAUGGACAGCUAGGUUUGGGCAACAAUGGAAAUCAGCAGACACCGUGCAGGAUCGCUGCUCUUCAGGGUGUCAACAUCCUCCAGGUUGCCUGUGGAUAUGCACAUACAUUGGCACUUACAGAUGAGGGGUUAGUUUACGCAUGGGGUGCCAACUCGUAUGGGCAGUUGGGAACAGGCAAUAAGAGCAACCAAGCUCUUCCCACUCAAAUAAACACAGACAAGGAGAGGAUGGUCGAGGUGGCUGCUUGUCACACCAGCCACACGUCUGCUGCCAAGACCCAGAGUGGGCAGGUUCUGAUGUGGGGUCAGUGUCGAGGUCAAGCUGUGGCCAGUCCCCACAUCACCCACUUCAGUAGCACAGACGAUGUGUUCGCAUGCUUUGCCACACCUGCUGUCACGUGGCAUCUCCUCUCAGUAGAUGGUGAUGACUACAUGACUGUAGCUCAGUCUUUGAAGAAGGAGUUUGACAGCCCAGAGAUUUCAGACCUGAAGUUCUUGGUUGAUGGGAAGUGUAUCCAUGUUCACAAAGCUCUGUUGAAAAUCAGGUGCGAGCAUUUCCGUGAACUGUUGAACGAAACAGACGAGGACUCCAUAGAAAUCCAUCAGUUCUCAUACCUGGUGUACAGAGCCUUUCUGGAGUACCUCUACACAGACACUAUCAACCUGCCACCAGAGGAUGCUAUUGGGCUGCUAGACUUGGCUACAUUCUACAGAGAGACGAGGCUGAAGAGGUUGUGCCAGGAAACUAUCAAGAGAGGCAUCUCAGAGGAGAACGCCAUCACCCUGCUCUCUGCUGCUGUCAAGUAUGAGGCGCGGGACCUGGAGGAGUUCUGCUUCAAGUUUUGCGUCAACCAUCUCACAGCUGUCACGCAGACCCAGGCCUUUGAGGACAUGGACCAUGACCUGCUCAAGAACUUCAUUAUCAAAGCCAGCCGCUAUGGGGCCUUCAAAAACUGACUAGAGUGCCCCUGUAGUGACUAGUUGAAGCUCACCCUGGUCUGGAGGGUCGACCCUAGACCAAAGUAAACAUGAGGCAGAUCAGUGCUUCAAAGCCUUGUGGCUGGGGGUGUAACACUGGAGGGGCAAAUGGUUUAAGAUUUCACCCUCUUGCUGAUGCCUCUGUGUGAAUGGCCUAACCUCUUCCAAACACAGCGGCUGCUUGGUGGGUAAAUUCCCACCCCAGUCACGAGCAGACAGUGUGGUCGUCCUUUUGUCACCUUUGUGUUAUUGACUAAAUGCUCGGCUGAUUCACUAUCCGAUUUGUUUGAUCAAACUUGUCACCCGACUGAUGUGGUGCAGCAGCAACCAGCUCAGACAGGACACGUGAAGUAGCUGCAUCAGUCUUUGCAGCACCAUGGUUUGUUUUGUAGAUCACUGCCCUGCAACAGGAAGUAAAGCGAAUGAUCGUUCAGUGCACGCAAUGUGUGAGCAUUAGUGACAGGAAGUGAUCAGAAACAAACACGUCAGCCAGGAACUGACCUUUCACAUUGUGCUGUUUUUCUUUGACGCCUUUUUCCAGAUUGAGAAGUAGAUUUUAAUGAGGGAAAUCAAGCUGUUUUUUUUUUUCCUGAAAAAUUAUAAUUUGUAUCUUAUCAACAAAAUCAGUUUCUUGUGUAAGUCACUGUUAAAUUAUCCCCCGUUGUUUUGUAUUGUGGUAAUUAACCUUUGCCAUUCGAACUUUCAGUCACUGAUUGAUUUAUGUAUUGACAUUUGCACUGCUUGCGCUGGCCACCGUCAGAAGACUGAUGGAAGAAGGUGUUGUCAGUUAAGAAGAAUGCCCUACUGCGUGUUUACUUGUGUUCCUAUUAUCCCUCUGUGUGCAGCUGGAAACUGUGUGACUUACACAAGCUCAUUGUGUAGCCUGUCCAUGAUGCCACACUGUAGAUGCAGCUGAUUUUACAGUUGUGUUUCACUGCUAUUUGGUUUGUUUACGGAAGUUGUCAUUUUUCAGUUUUUUAAAAAAAUCAUUAAUAUGUUAGCAGCAAACGUUUGCUUCUUUUUUCAAGGGUUUCUUAAUGUCCCCUGUCCCCUGCUAGCACUUUGGAAAUUAGUUUAUUUUAAAAGCUGUGUUGAAUAUAGCCCAGGUAGUAUAUACCACGUAUGUAGUUAUCACAUAAUUCUAUAUUAAAUUGCUAAAUGUAUCCAAACAGAAUAACAAAAUGCUUUUUCUCUAACAAACAAAUUAUUAUUAUUUUUUAUUUGGAAUAUUUUGAUAAUUUCUAAAAAAACAAAAAGCCUAUGCUGUCAUUUUGUAUGAAACAUUCUGUACACUGCUGUCAGCGGCACUAACUUGAACAUGUGACAGUCUAAAAGGUAUUAAAAUGAAUAACUGCA